GCAACACGCGCGCGGCUGGAUUGGUCGGAGCUGCCUAGAUCUUCGGUCCUUUGGAGCGUCGGGUCGGCUUUCUAUGCAAGUCCGAGGCUGUAUGGCCUAGUCCGAAAGGGAUGCUAAAAGUAAAGCUCCUUUUCGUAGGCCCCAGCGAGGGAAAGGCUGCGAGGCAAACGGGAGUUACAGCCUACUAACUGCUCCGAAGAUCGCCAGGCGGGGAAGUAUGGAGUUCCGUUGUCUUCACUUGCCUCGGUACAUUCCCAAAGGCAUCGGGUUGCCUAAGGGAUUUUAGAGUAUGAGAAGCCACAUUUCAAUGGAAACAGCAAAGGACCAGGAUGUCGGUUUGAACUAUGGGAUUGUGGAGGUGAUCAAAAAUUUGAGACUUGCUGGCCUGCUCUGAUGAAAGAUUCCCAUGGUGUCGUCAUUAUUUUUAAUCCAGACUUGCCAAGCCAUGUGAAGGAAAUUGAAAUGUGGUACUCCUGUUUUGUCCAACAGCAGCAAUUGCUUGAGAAUCAGUGUUUGCUCAUUGCACAUCACAAGCCAGGCACUGCAGGAGAUGUAGACAAUCUCACUUUGCCUUCACCAUUGAACAGGCUGACAUUGAUACACUCCAGCCUUGAAGAAGACCCUGAAGACUUCCGAAUGGAGUUUGUGAAGUUCCUGAAGAAUAUUACUAAUUUGGUAAAUGAGAACAGGGACAGAGAGGAGAUGCUCAUUAUUAAUUAGUAAUAUGAUAAACAUUGGAGAAAUAAAUGGCUAUUAUUUAUUAAUAA